AAAUUUUAGAUAAUAUUGAAACCACUAUGUCUUCAUUAAAUAAAGUACAAAGAGAUGGCGAAGAAGGUUUUCAAAAUAAGGAAUAUUACAAAAACCUUCAUAAAUUAAUUCAAGUUACAAAUUAA